GUGGUUUGCCUGGAAAAUUCAUAGCAAUUACAGACCCCCCUUCCCAUUCUUUGAGAAGAAGUGCCUUUUCUUUAUAAAAAGGCUGGAAUGGCUGCUGCUCUCUUUCCCAGUUACUAAGAAGUGAGAGGUGCAGAAGUGCAAAGUUGAAGGAUGCCGUCUGAGGUGUGCCUCAGUAUUCAAGAUAUGCUGACUGGCCAGAGGCUUUGCCAGUCCAAUUCUCAUAAUGAUGCUGUCUUGGCUGCUCUCAACCAACAAAGAAGUGAUGGAAUCCUCUGUGAUAUAACACUCGUGGCAGAGGAACAGAAAUUCCAUGCCCAUAAGGCAGUACUAGCAGCAUGCAGCGACUACUUCAGAGCAAUGUUCAGUCUUUGUAUGGUUGAAAGUGGAGCAGAUGAAGUGAAUUUACAUGGCAUCACAAGCAUAGGUUUGAAACAAGCUCUGGACUUCGCAUACACUGGUCAGAUUUUCUUGGAGCCAGGAGUGAUCCCGGAUGUGCUUGCUGCAGGCAGUCAUCUGCAGCUGCUCGAGCUACUUAGUUUAUGUUCCCACUAUCUCAUCCAGGAGCUAAAUAGCUUUAAUUACUUGGACCUGUACAAGCUUGCUGAUCUGUUUAACCUCACAUUGCUGGAGAAAGCUGUGGUUGACUUUUUAGUGAAACACCUCUCUGAACUGCUGAAGAGUCACCCUGAAGAAGUAUUGUCACUGCCAUACUGUCUUAUUCGAGAGGUCUUGAAGAGUGACCGACUCACGUCACUCAGCGAAGAACAAAUCUGGCAGCUAGCAGUGAGGUGGUUAGAACACAACUGCCGCUAUCAAUACAUGGAUGAACUUCUCCAAUAUGUUCGAUUUGGGCUUAUGGACGUGGACACAUUGCAUACUGUAGCCCUUUCUCACCCUCUUAUCCAAGCUAGUGAAACAGCAACAGGACUUAUCAAUGAGGCCUUGGCAUACCAUCAGAGCAUCUACGCACAGCCAAUUUGGCAGACCAAAAGGACAAAGCCUCGCUUCCAGUCGGACACACUCUACAUCAUUGGUGGUAAAAAACGGGAGAUUUGUAAAGUUAAAGAACUCCGAUACUUCAAUCCUGUGGACCAGGAGAAUGUUCACAUAGCUGGGAUUGCUAACUGGAGUGAACUAGCUCCAAUGCCAGUAGGAAGAAGCCAUCACUGUGUAGCUGUAAUGGGAGACUUUCUCUUUGUAGCAGGAGGUGAAGUUGAGCAUGCUACUGGCCGCACCUGUGCAGUACGGACUGCCUGCAGAUAUGACCCUCGUAAUAAUUCCUGGGCUGAAAUAGCUCCAAUGAAGAAUUGCCGGGAACAUUUUGUACUGGGAGCUGUGGAUGAGUACCUCUAUGCAGUAGGUGGUAGAAAUGAACUCCGACAAGUUUUGCCUACAGUUGAGCGCUAUUGUCCCAAGAAGAACAAGUGGACUUUUGUUCAGUCCUUUGACAGAUCCCUUUCCUGUCAUGCAGGAUCUGUUGUGGAUGGUCUUCUUUGGACAUCAGGAGGAGUAACAAAUACAGCACAAUAUCAGAACAGGCUAAUGGUGUAUGAUCCUACACAAAAUAAAUGGCUGAGCCGUAGCCCCAUGUUGCAGAGGAGAGUGUACCAUUCCAUGGCUGCUGUUCAAAGGAAGCUGUAUGUUUUAGGUGGCAAUGACCUGGACUAUAACAAUGAUCGCAUUCUUGUACGACACAUAGAUUCCUACAAUAUAGAUAGUGACCAGUGGACUCGCUGCAGCUUCAGUAUGUUAACAGGCCAAAAUGAAUCUGGAGUUGCUGUUCAUAACGGCAGAAUAUAUUUAGUGGGUGGUUACUCCAUUUGGACAAAUGAGCCUCUGGCAUGUAUUCAGGUACUGGAUGUUAGCAGGGAAGGAAAAGAAGAAGUUUUCUAUGGGCCCACCUUGCCUUUUGCUUCUAAUGGAAUAGCAGCAUGCUUUCUUCCGGCACCCUACUCAACAUGCCCAAAUCUGCAGCCUCUGCAAGUGCCUCAUCACAAGAUUGGCACUGUGUGAAAAAGGAACAUGGCUAACAAGAGAACAGCCUUCAGUUUGGCCUGGCUUUCACCUUCAAACCAACCAAAAGAAAGAAUAUUGCAGAAUUCCUUCUUGUAGUACAUUGAGUAGGAGGAGGAGGAAAUGAAAACACUAAACAAAAAAGACUGAACUGUGACAAUGAAGCCUGGUUCUCCAGCUCAGUUGAUACUUUGAAAGAAAACUAUUAUCCAAGUAUUGUAGGAAUAUUUACGCUACUUAUCUGGCCAUGACCUGCCACAUCUCUCCAUUUCCAAAGUGCUUUGCAAAAAUACAAGAUGUCAUAUGUUUAUGAGGACAAGAUGAUACUACAUAUGCAAUUUAACAUCUUUGGUGAAAGGGAUGAUAAAUUCAGAUUCACUUCCACAGUUCGUUAUGACUAAUGUUUGAGUUAUAAACUGUGAAGGGAACCGGAACAAAAACUAAUAAACUUUUAAUUGACAAUGUUUUUAAAAAAGAAAGGAACUGGCUACUUCUGCCUUUCUAGGACAAAGUUUUUAAACCAAGGGGUACAAUUGAAGAAAGAUUGGAUUCCCUAAAAGUCAUAGAAAUUCCAGGCAUUUCCUGUUUGUGACCAGCCUUUCAUGGAUCAAAAAUCUUGAAAAUGUGAUCUCUGUUUUCAGCCGUUUCUCAACUGCAGCUGUGAAAUAAGGUCCUUUUCUAGUUUCUGAUUAACUGGGUGUUUGCUUUUGCCCCACAGGGGAGAGACAAGG